UGCUGAAAAGGUCAGAACAGUGAUUUCGGCCUCUUCUCAUGUCCUCUCUACCCAGGAUUUCACGACGCCUCUUCCCUCGUUCGAUGACGUGCCGCAUCCGGUGACCAAAGAGCCGUCGUCAAGAUAUCAGCUCUGCACACCUCCCUCCAGCCACCGGAUCUGGACAGCAGAUCGACUUCUUGACGACUCCUCCGCCAAUCCACGAGCAACAGAGAAGUCACUAGUUCAACCAAGAUCUGCAUGCCGAAUAUAUUAUUUGGGACCAAUGGAAGAGGAAGGCUAUAGUACCGAAUCAUCCAAUGAAGGAGACACACAAGAAGAUGGUGACAAGGAGAAAAACCUUGCUGAGGGCGAUGUCUUUAAGCCGGUUCAUAUGGAUCCAGAAUGGAUACCUAAAGUAGGGAUGGUAUUUGAUUCAGAGGAAGACACCUUUCAGUUCUAUGUCACAUAUGGACGUCGCUCUGGUUUUGGUAUCACAAGGAGAUCUAACAACACCUUUGAUGGUUUCCGCUAUCGCUCUACCUUCAUAUGCUCUAAAGGAGGGCAAUCUAGGAUGAGAUCUGGUGUGACAAGGCAUGCAAGAAAGCGAGGCACAAAGACUGGCUGCAAGGCUAAGAUCAUUGUCAAGGACGCCCAUUUUCAGAAUCGCUGGGAAGUUAUUGUUCUCGAGUUGGAGCAUAACCAUCCACUGGAGCCCAGUUUGAUUAAAUAUAAGAAGCAUUUAGAGAACAUCCCUUUCUCUCUAAAUCCACCUCGUUUGUCUGAGGCGCCACAAAGUAGCUCACUUGUUGGAUAUUCUAGUAGUUUUGGAGAUAGUGGCAUACCUUCAUCUGCCCAGAUUGAAAUCAAGACCAAGAUAGACAGAAAUAGGAAACUGAAGAUUGCUGAAGGAGAUUUAGAGGCAUUAGUGAGUUUUUUCAAUGACAUGCAAGACCGAAACCCGUGUUUCUUUCAUAGUUUAGACGUGAAUGAGCAAGGACAGCUAAGGAAUGUCUUCUGGGCUGAUGCCAAAUCACGUAGUUCUUACAAUUACUUUGGUGAUGUGGUUGCUAUUAAUGUCACAAACUUCAGUGAUCAGUAUGAUAUACAGUUUAUGUCAUUUGUGGGCACCAACCACCAUGCUCAACCACUGUUACUAGGGUGUGGUUUGCUUGCUGGUAGAUCUCUUGGAGCUUACGUGUGGCUUUUUGAUACAUGGUUAAGAUGCAUGAAUGCCACAUCGCCACCUUCAAUAAUUACCCACUAUUGUCAUGAUGUUGCAAUAGCUGUUAAAAAGGUUUUCCCCAAUUCACGGCACCCCUUUUGCCUUUGGCACAUUUAAAAUGAACUUCCUGAGAAGUUUGCCGGAAUGGAAAAGAAGGAUGAAAUGAUUUUUACUUUCAACACAUUGGCCUAUGACUCAGUUACUACGCUUGAUUUUGACGAACAGUGGCAAGAAAUGACACAUCAAUUUCAGUGGGAGGGAAAUGAAUGGCUGUCCAAAUUAUACGAGGUCAGGGCACAGUGGGCUCUUGCUUAUGUUAAGGUUUUUUUUGGGCGGGAAUGUCCGUCACAGACAGAAGUGACAGUGCAACUGACUAUUUUGAUGGGUGGUCUCUGUGAAAAUGUUUGUUGAGCAGUCUGAGGCAGCUGUUAGAACUAAGUUAGAAAAGGAAACGUAUGAGGAUUUGCAAUCGUCUCAUAUGAGGCCACAGUUGAUGACUAGUGUAAACGAGCGGAGAACUUCGUACCUCGUUGGAGGUGACGGUUGCAUGUUAAUAUAGGCAGGGGCAUCUCCCUAAUAAGCAUACAAGGUUGUUCGGAUUACGUCUUGGGAAACAAGGAGGAUCUAGAGAGAUAGAGAGAUAAGAUGUUACAACAAUAUGCGGCUCUAUCUAUCUAGCACGACCUGAACCGGCUGGUGCGCCCUAUGGGCCUAGCACAAUAUGUUUAACACCCUCCCAUAAUCACAACUUAGACAAGUUGAGAUUACGCUUAAAUUCCUCAAAACUUCUUGUAGGCAAGGCCUUGGUAAACCCAUCAGCAACUUGAUCUUGGGAAUGAAUAAUCCGAACAUCCAAUUUCUUGGCAGCAACUCUUUUUCUGACAAAGUGAAAAUCUAUUCCGAUAUGUUUAGUUCGUGCAUGAAAAACUGGAUUAGCAGAAAGGUAUGUAGCACCAAGGUUAUCACACCAUAAGCAUGGAGGUUAUUUACAACGUAUGCCAAGCUCCUUGAGCAGAGAGUGAACCCAGAUAAUUUCAGCAGUAGCAUUUGCUAGUGCCUUGUAUUCUACUUCUGUACUGGACCUAGAUACAGUAGAUUGCUUUUUAGCACACCAAGAAAUCAGAUUUGGACCAAAGAACACUACAAAGCCACCAGUUGAUCGUCUGUCAUCUAGACCGCCUUCCCAAUUAGAAUGAGAGAAUGCACUCACAAGUUUUGAUGGUGAGUUGCUGAAAGUUAGUCCAAUACUCAAUGUAUUUUUAACAUAUCUAAGUAUGCAUUUUGCAGCUGUCAAGUGUACUGUACUGGGUGCAUGAAGGAAUCGACAUACUUUGUUCACAGCAAAGGAAAUAUCAGUCCUAGUCAAGGUUAAAUACUGUAAUGCACCAACCAUACUUCUGUACCUGGUGCUAUCCUCUUGGUUCAAGAGUUCUCCCUCUGACAAGGACAAUUUUUCUGAGCUGGACAAAGGUGUUGAUGCUGGCUUGCAACCCUUCAACCCUACUUUGGCUACAAGAUCAGUUGCAUAUUUUUCUUGGGUAAGAUAGAGAUCAUCUCCCGCUCUCUUUACUUCAAUGCCAAGAAAAUAAUGCAGCUCUCCCAGAUCCUUGAGACCAAAUUCAGAGUUUAAAUCUUUUAAUAAUCCUAUGACAGCCUCAUCUGAUGAACUUGUGACUAUGAUAUCAUCAACAUAUAUAAGUACAGAUAUGGAGGUAUUUGACUUAUUAUAAAUAAAUAACGAGGUGUCCGACUUGGAAGGAACAAAGCCAAGUGCCUGAAGUUUUGAGCUCAACCUGGAAUACCAUGCUCUAGGGGCUUGUUUUAAUCCAUACAAGGCCUUAUCAAGCUUGCAAAUGUGAAGGGGUUUACUUUUGUCCUCAAACCCAGGAGGUUGUUUCAUGAGCACUUCCUCUUCCAGAACACCAUGGAGAAACGCAUUCUGUACAUCUAGCUGGCGGAGACUCCAUCCCCUGGACAUGGCAAUAGACAAAACAAGGCGAAUAGUGGCAGCCUUUACAACAGGGCUAAAUGUAUCCUCAUAGUCUAAGCCAUACCUUUGCUUAAAUCCUUUUGCAACUAGUCUAGCUUUAUAGCGAUCAAUGGUUCCAUUAGACUUCUUCUUUACUCUGAAAACCCAUUUACAAUCGAUCACACUUUUACCUUUUCCUUGAUGUGCAGAGACUAAAUGCCAGGUUUUAUUUUUGUGAAGCGCCAUGCACUCUUCUUCCAUGGCAUUUUUCCACCGUGGAUCAUUCAAAUCUUCUGCAACAGUGCUUGGAACAGUAUCUGCACCAUGUCUAUUACAAGCAUAGCCAAAUUUUGCUAUAUGUUCAUAGUUUUUGGGUUGAAUUACUCCCCUUUGAAGUCUGGUCCGUGAUGGCGAUGAAGCGGGCACAGAAGAUCCUGCCCCUGGAACAGCUGCAGAUCCCGAAGAAGACCUGUCGGGGGCCUCAGGCGCGGGCAACGAGGCGGGAUCUUCUACGGCCAGAGAGCGUGACGUACUAGAGGACAGCGGCACAGAAGAUCCUGCGGCUGCGCCGGCCGCAGCGCCCGGCUCAUGAUGGGGCGAUGAUGAGUGGGCCCCCGCAGAUGCGGCGCGGGAUCACACACGGAUCCUCCCGAGGCGCGCGCCGCGUGUAGUGAUGUGGUUUGGCGCUGAACUGACUGGGCGCAUGGUCCAACCACGCAGGAGCGCCGUGAUUGGCUGGGGCGCUGCUGGCUUGGCGUGGCGCGGAGCCGCUGCUGUCAUGGCGUGGUGCGGGGCUCGAUGCAGCUUCAUCUGUCCCGUCACGCGCGGAGCCCGCGGUUGAUGCACCCCGAUCCUGAGGCGGAUCCGCCUCGAUGGCGCUGCUGCUGCAUCCAGGAGGCAUAAAAAUUCAGGACGUCUCAUUAAUUACUCAGGAAUUGGGAGGUUAUGAUGAUCUCUACAAACUAGGCCACCAAUACUUUGCAGAAGUUGUGGAACGGGUUCUUUGAACCUAGAAUCAAAAGAUUAUGGUUUUUCAGUCAUGAGGGAGAUCAGGGAUAAAGUGAUUUCUUAUGAGAAGUCACUAAGAGAUCAAAGGGUUGACAAUCAAGUUUCAACUGCCAACUUUGCAUAUAAUCUAGUGAAUGAGGAUUUUACUGAUGAUGCAUUACCCAUUUCUCUUAGUACGAAGGGCUAGGACCUCAUGCAAGGUCAGUCAAAACGUUCUCGCAAGAAGAAAUUGAUGACACCAACAGUUCUUGAUACCCUAAAAAAUAAAACUAAAAGGGCCUAUAACAAGAGGAGGAAUGCCAUUGCGAACAACCUAUGCACAACGGUCACCGCAACUGACAGCAUAACAGAAAGCGCAAAUGUUAAGCAAGAUCAAGUAAAUGAGGGAUGGCCAUUAACAUCUAGUGGUGCACCAGAUACCUUCCCAUACGGAGUGGAGACCAUAUCUUUCGAUUUGACACAAUACAACAAUGCGCCAAGCUUCCAUUGGCCUGAAAAGCAGCAGAUCUCAGCUUCAGUGAAAGGAGGCAACACUUAGUUAUGCGUUCAUUCGAGUAGCCUGUGUUCUAACAUGGUCACAUGAUGGGCAGCGUAAGUGUUGAUAGUUCAGGUCCGACCUUGUUUGCUCUGCUACUAGGAAGUUGGUGGCCGUCUGAACAAAGGUGAAAAAAAAUUCUCAAACAUGGCAGAAAC